GGGAGUGUACAGUCGUUCUACACCUAACCUAUUAAUUUUUAUAUAUUUUGUUAUUAAAUAUCAUGAAUACGUUCCUCGAAAUAUUUGUUAAAUUACAGUAUGUUAGUGGCGUCAAAGUUAGUGAUGGGCUUUACAAUUUUAAGUAACAAUUCCAGUUGAUUAGUGCUGUGUUAUUUAUAAACAAGAGUAGUUGUCAAUAUUGUUAUGUUUACCUGUGUGCAAUAAUUAAUCUUUUAUUUCGUAAAGUGACGCAAUAAUGAAUUCACGAGUGCAUUUACAACCCUUUCUCAACAAUUCCCUUGCGAUCAGACAAGAAAUUCAAAGAUUUGAAAGUGUUCAUCCUUCGAUUUAUGCAAUUUACGAUCUGAUAGGUCUAAUACCGGAUGGAAUCAUCGCUCAACAGAUAAGGGAUCACGUCGUUUGCAUUGAAGAUUCAUUUGUCAACUCCCAAGAAUGGACUCUCUCGCGUUCAGUACCCGACUUGAGAUUAGGCAUAGUGGGCUCUCUAUCGUCGGGAAAAUCAGCCUUGGUUCACCGGUACCUUACGGGUUCUUACAUGCAAGAAGAGUCUCCAGAAGGCGGUCGAUUCAAAAAGGAGAUCCUUGUUGAUAACCAGAGUUACCUUUUAUUGAUAAGAGAUGAAGGGGGACCACCAGAAUUGCAGUUUACGGCAUGGGUCGAUGCGGUCAUAUUCGUCUUUAGUCUUGAAAACGAGUCAUCUUUCAACGCCAUAUACAACUACUACACUAAAAUGUCGCACUAUAGAAAUUCAGCAGAGAUACCGCUCAUAUUAGUUGGAACACAAGACGCAAUAAGUGAAAAUAACCCCCGCGUUAUAGACGACUCCCGGGCUAGAAAAUUAGCUAACGACUUAAAAAGGUGCACCUACUACGAGACAUGUGCUACCUACGGUCUCAACGUUGAACGAGUCUUCCAAGAUGCAUGUCAGAAAAUUGUGCAACAACGAUUAGCAGCCUCAACAUUAUGCCUAACUCCUACAAAUUCUAGACCAUCAACACCAAAUAAUCAUUAUCAUUCUGCUUCAAUGUCGGUACAAAGACAUUUGGCGCAGGGUGCCGCACAGGGUAAUAACGGAUAUUCUCAAAUAGGACAAUCACAAGCACAUGUGUCACCUGGACAUAACCAUACAUUAUCUCACAAGGACUCGGCUAAUACUCAUCCGUUAGAUGUUAGACAAGUACACACCUUAAAGUCGUCAUCCCAUCACAUUCAUCGAGACUGUGAGAAAGAACCAGUUUACAGGUCAUCUGAUGAGAAGUGGAAUUCAUCCACGUCCACAAUUGGUAGCCAUGGUUCAUCUCAAGGUUUAGUAGUACAGACAGUAGCAACAGAAAAUAAUAAUGUUGCUAAAUUUGCCGCACCACAUUCUUUGGAUAAUCUACAGAACCCUCCAAAUAGUGCAAAAGACCUACCAACUCCAAAUUCUACCCCAACAACUUCUAGAAAAAGUCGGAGAAGAUCAAACCUGUUUACUCCUUCCAAGAAAGGGGAUGACAAAUUGAAGAAUGGUGGAGACUUUGGCAGUGGAAGGGCAAUUCCUCUUAAACAAGGUUACUUAUAUAAAAGGAGUAGUAAGCCCUUGAACAAAGAAUGGAAAAAGAAAUAUGUAACACUGUGUGACGAUGGGAGGUUAACUUACCAUCCUUGUUUACAUGAUUAUAUGGAUGAUAUUCAUGGAAAGGAAAUAUCUUUGCAGUAUGUGACUGUUAAGGUUCCUGGGCAAAAACCUAGAGGUUCCAAAUCUAUUAUUACCGUAGCUGGGGCCAAUUGUCAAAAUGCAAUCAAUGAAGGUCUCGGAGGACUAUCUCUUAUCGGUAAAGAUAAGCGUCCUACAGAAAAAGUCCUGCUUAGUGCUUUUGAGACUGUGAAAGAUCCAAGUUCCAAAUAUUCACAACAGGCUAGUGGUGAUGAGGGUAUGGUUUUAUCUAGUAGUAACUCAUUCUUAAAUGGAGAAAUUGCUAAGACAGAAACUCCAAAUGUUAAAAAGCGCCACAGACGUGUUAAAAGUAGUGGAGUAAAAAAUUCCGAAUACGAUGAUAAUGACGGCUACGAGUUCUACAUAGUGUCGUUAGACAACAAGCAGUGGCACUUUGAUGCUUCAAAUUCUGACGAGAGAGAUGAUUGGGUAGCUGCAAUUGAACAACAAAUUUUAAAUUCUCUUCAGAUGAACGAGUCUUCGAAGGCAAAAAAUAAUCCAGUGGAAGCUGCGUCUAUUCAGUCUAUUAAGAGUCGAGUUCCUGGUAACGGCUCUUGUGUGGAUUGUGAUGCGGCAAAUCCAGAUUGGGCCAGCCUGAAUUUAGGUGUUCUGAUGUGUAUUGAAUGUUCUGGAAUACACAGAAAUUUAGGGUCGCAUAUAUCCCGUGUUCGAUCUAUGGACCUCGAUGAGUGGCCGCCUGGUAACCUUGCUGUCAUGUUGGCAAUAGGCAACAGUCUGGCGAACUCGGUGUGGGAAUGUCAAACUCAGAAUAGGAUAAAACCUGGUCCAACUUCUAGUCGAGAAGAAAAAGAAAGAUGGAUAAGGGCUAAAUAUGAAACUAAAGAAUUUUUACCACCUCCUAACAACACUAUGCCAUUGGGUCAGCAACUUGUGGAUUCCGUAUGCGCUGCAAAUAUGAAGGCCAUUAUUAACGUACUAGCCAGGACAAAUGCACAAGAAGUAAACACCACUGUAGGGCCCAGGGACCUACGUACACCUUUACAUCUUGCGUGUGCUAUGGGAAAUAUUGCUAUUGCUCAACUUCUUAUUUGGCAUAAUGCCGAUGUGAAAUGUGUCGACCAAGAUGGUAGGACAUGUUUGGCUUAUGCAAAGGCAGCGGCAAGCAUAGCGGCUGCCAAGUACCAAUCAACAAACAGUCUCAAUGCUGACGUCUCAGCAACAACAAGUAAAAGUCUGGUAGAACUAUUACUCUCUUAUGGCUGUCCUGAAGUGUCUUCAGUGUCAAUUAGUGGCACAAUACCUCGGCGAAGAGGUAGUCAGAGUAUGCCUCAGUUCGAAAAAUUACCAUCUAGCGUUAUUUAGAUAUAGUAUUGUUUAUACUACUAAUAAAUACUUCAUACGACUGAUACAAAAUAGAAAAUAAUGUCUAAAAAAUGUGUUUAGUCCCUGUUAAUUUUCGCUUAACAAUUCUUCUGACUAUAAUUCUUGCUGACUUGUAUUCAAAAGUACUUGACACAUUUUACAUAGUAGAAAAAAUAUAUAUUAUGUUAAUUACAGUUACUAUUUAUUACCACAAAGCAAGCAGAAUGUUAUUAAAAUGUUGACAAACAUCAAUGUAGUCUAUUUAUUAAAAUUAAUUGUGUAUAAAAUGGUACUUUCAUUCUUCUGUGUAUAUAGUUAUUAAUUAGUGCAAAUGUUUAUCGUCCAGAAUGUUUAUAUUUAGUUUAUUGCAAUACUAAACGUGACUUGAAUUGUAUUAUAAUUUAAUUAUUAUGUACCUGUUUCUUAAUUGUAUAAAUUAUUUUAUUUAUAUGAUUUAACAGACAUCUUUUUAUGUGCAGCUCGAUUUAUUUUUAAAUAAAAAUUUUGUUUUUAAGUAUACAAAUAAAUCUGCGAAUUUUAACAAGGACGCAAAAUAACCGACGGUGAGAUGUAUAAACUUCGUGUUUUUUACUUUUACUGACUAAUGAAAAAUAGGAUAAGAGAAGCAGAUGAACAAUCAGAAUUUUCACGGAUACUCACGUAUAAGCACUUGUGUACUUACUAAUAAACGUAUGAUUUCUACACUUGUAACUAGAAAUCAUUGAUUUGCACGUUUUCACACAGUAAUUUCUAUUUUAUUGUAAUCGUUACAAAUGUGAUUAUUAAUCGUAAUUGAAACCUAGAUGUCGAGACGUAAUGUUUGUACCUUGUAGGAGUUUUAAAAAAUGAGUUGCGCUGAAUGUUUCGUCCACUGUGGUAUAAAUUUUUUUAUCUCUGGCACCCCUUUUUUGUUAUGUUAUUGAUUUAUUUUAUUAUUGUAUAUAUUUUCGCCAAAGAAUUCGUAUGUAGGUAUUGUUUUGUAUAUAAAGCUAAAUUAUGUACAGAAAUUUAUAUAUGUUGUUCUUCCUUAAAAGAAUGUUAUAAGUA